GCCUGGUGAAUGUGGCGGUGAGCUGGGGCGGCGGCGGCCGAACCCCUGCGCCUGGUGCAUGCGGCGGUUUUGAAGGGAGAGGCUGCCAUGUCCGAGGACUGCAACAAUGAGUGGGAGCUGCGCAAAGAGAAUGUGCAGCCCCUCCGUCAGGGACGGGUCAUGGCCACGCUUCAGGAAGCCCUGGCUCAGCAGGAGACCUCUACCCACACUGCUCUUCAGCUCAAAAAACAGGAAUUUGAAUCAGAAAUCCGAUUCUACUCUGGUGAUGACCCACUGGAUGUCUGGGACCGGUAUAUCAAGUGGACAGAGCAAACCUUCCCCCAGGGCGGAAAGGAGAGCAAUCUUGCUGCAAUCCUGGAAAGAGCAGUGAAAGCCCUGCAUGAACAACAGAGAUACUACAAAGAUCCUCGCUUUCUUAACCUCUGGCUCAAGUUUGCAAAUUAUUGUAAUGAGCCCUUGGAUGUAUACAGUUACCUACAUAGCCAGGAGAUUGGCACAACGCUGGCACUGCUCUACAUCACCUGGGCAGAAGUACUUGAGGCUAGAGAAAGUUUUAAGAAGGCAGAUCUAGUAUUUCAGGAAGGUCUUCAGCGCAAGGCCGAGCCUUUGGACAGACUCCAGUCCCACCACCGGCAGUUUCAGACCCGUGUUUCUCGGCAGACGUUGCUGGGGCUUGAGGCAAGCCCUGAUAAGGACGUGGAUCUUCUGGAAACUGCAGAGCCCCAGAGAAGCUCCUUGGUGGAUCUGAAAGGCAGGGGCAAGAGAAACAUGAAAGCCCCAGUUAGCCGUGUAGGAGAUGCACUGAAAUCUGUCAACCACACCAGAAGCUCCCAGGCUCUAAGUUCUUGUCAGCUUCCAAAUAAUCCUGGUUUUGCUGUGUUUGAUGAAAAUUCAGCUUCUGGACCUGAGAUUCCUGUGAUUGCACCACAGCCGUGGGCAGCACCUCCAGUUCCAAGGGCCAAGGAGAAUGAGCUACGUGCAGGGCCAUGGAACUCUGGCAGGCGUCCUCGCAGUGGGACAGGUUCUGCUGUAGAAGUGUCCUAUCCACAGCCCAGUUUCACCCUGUACGUGGAUGAGUCAGCUCAGCAGCAAAUCAUGACUCCUUGCAAAAUUGAACCCAGCAUAAACCAUGUCUUGAGUGCUCGCAAACCUGAGAAAGAGGAGGACCCACUCCAGAGAGUGCAAAAUCAGCAGCAGGAUAUUCAAGAAAAGAAAGAGGUGGUGAUGUACUGCAAAGAGAAAGUUUAUGCUGGAGUUGAUGAAUUCUCUUUUGAAGAGAUCAGAGCUGAAAUCUACAGAAAGAAAACAAAACUGAAAGCUGAAGAGGAGAUGCGAGCCCUAGCACAGAAGAAGGAGGAAAUACAGAGGAAAAUUGAUGAGAUGGAGAAGAAGUUGAAAGGAAUAAUUGAAUUGCAGCCACUACGUGAAGAGCCAGAAGCUUUUUCACUGCCUUUGGGACUGCAAAGACUUACUCCUUCCAGUGCAACAGAAGUUGAGGACAAACAGUCCCAGAUUAAAAGUGAAGUUCAGGUCUUUGAAGACAUUCAGCUACAUAAACCAUCUCCUUCUGAGGAGGUUAUCCAGUCUCCUGAAGAGUACUCAGAUACACAAAGUGAUGAUGUGUUUUUAAACUUGGAGGGUCAGAAAAAGGAGGCCAGACUUGAGAAAAAAGAUGUAGCUCUCUUUAUCCCACCUGGUCCUGAGAAGUCUUUCACCAUAUUUGAUGAAUCCUCUACUUCAGAAAAUCAGAAUAUAAGUUGUCCUGCAGAUCACACAAGGGAAGGCGCCCGUCGGCCUCUCGCUGUUCGUAAACCUUCAGAAUCUCUUACUGCAAAGGAAAACAUCCCACCAGAAGCCUCUGGAGAGCUGAAUGCAGCUGAACCUUUGACUGAAGAUGCAAUAGUGACUGGCUCCUACAAGAACCAAAGCUUUUGUGCCAACCUAGAAGACACAUGUGACUUUGUUAGGGCUGCCCAUCUGGCCUCGACACCCUUUCAUGGGGUAGCAGCUCAGAGAGUCCCAACUCCUCUUUCACAGAGCGACCUGAAGGAAGACAACCCAGAACCUGUGAGUGCACCUCUGAGUGAGGUCACUCCAGUUUCUGAGUACAGUGAAGCUCUCUGUGUGAAUAAGCUGAGCCCCAUCAUGGAAGCAAGCCUGGAAGAUACUCACUCGACAGGUUCUUCUGUCUCUUCAGGAUCUUCUCUUACAUCUGUUACACAAAUAUCCACCAUUAAAUACCUGCCUAUCCCUGAGAAACUGGAACUUGCCCAGAGCUUGCCUGCUGAUUCCGGAGGUAUCAGUGAAAAUAUUACUGGUGAUGUAACUCGGCUCUCGUGGAGCGCUGAACAGCGCAGAAAGCUGUUAGAUCCUCUGCCGGCGCUGGUGACUGCUGCUCCGUGUUUUCAUUUGAAGGCUGGCUCUCUGCCUGCCAUGGGGGUGAAGGAGGACAUCGAGCUUGGAAGUCAGACCUUCUGUAUCAAAAGGGAGUACUGGACCAAUGAAGAGUACAAGAUGUUUUUUGCCACUCCAGCUGAUUUUCCAGAUAGUUCCCUGCUGAGUAUGAAGGGAUUUGUCAUAAAGGUGUCUUCUCACCCUGUGCCUUGGGAUUUUUAUGUCACACUUGAGUUACAGGAGCGUUUGAAUGCUGACUUUGACCAAAGUUUCAGUAAGAAUUGCAGCUGCUUCUUGUAUCAGGAUGGUUGUGCCCUUCUGCACAGUGACAUCAACUGCUUCACACUUGAGGAUGUUAUUCGUGUCUGCAAGCCCAUGAGGGAAGAAGCUAUUCUGCUGUUUGUUUUUGAUCUUCUUGGUGUGGUAGAGAAACUCCACAAAGCAGAGAUUGUCCAUGGAGAUCUGAGGCCAGAGGUGUUCUUUCUGAGAAACAGGAUGUGUGAUUCCUUUGCUAAUAGUAAGAUGUCAACAGUUCUGAAGAUAGUGGACUUCUCUCACAGCCUGGAUUUGAGACUGCAGUCUCAAGUAGGUUUGCUGAAUGGAUUUCCCAUAGCUCAGACUGCUCAUGGACAACAGCUUCUGGCAAAGAGUUCUCUUCCAUACCAGGUUGACUUGGUUGGGAUUGCAGAUAUAAUCCAUUUGCUGUUGUUUGGGGAUCACAUCCAGGUUUAUCAAGAGAACUCCCUUUGGAAAGUCAACCAAAGUACAUCCAAGGCUGUCAACAGUGAUUUCUGGAGUAAAAUUCUGGAGAGAAUUUUGAAUGCGGAUGGUAAGUCCACAGUGCCUCUCCUGAAGGAGCUAAGAGAGGAAAUAAGUGACAUGUUUGACAGCUGCUUUCAAGUAUGUCUUUAUGACUGCUUAAUUGCCCUGGAAGAAACUUUGCUCAUGGGGAGCUUCACGUGAUUUCAUUGGACAAAUACAUCUUUGUAUUGUAUAAAGGAAUGUGUUGGGAACUACUUUUUGUCAAAUAGGAGUGUGGAGAUUGAUUGUAGCUGUUCUUGCGAUGCUUCACCUGGGACUUGCUAACAAAUGUUUUCUGUGCACUGAUGUGGUAUUGGCAUCCUGACCCAGUCUCUCUGAGCAGAUUGUCAGAGAAGAUUGGUUGAAAUAACCUGCCCUCUCUCCUCUUUGUGCAGCUCCUUUUAAAAAUGUGUUUAAGACCCAGUUCACACUAGUGUUGGGUUUUCAAUGAGUGUUUCAUCAAAGUUGUAUUUCUUCAAUAAAGUUGUAUUUUUGGAUAGCAA